AUGAAACGCUUUUCUGGAAAAACUGUCAUCAUCACUGGCUCUUCCAGCGGUAUCGGCCGAGCCACUGCUAUCCUAUUCGCUAAACAAGGUGCCCAAGUGACCAUUACUGGUCGGGACGCUGAAAAACUCGAAGAUACAAAAAAGGUUAUUCUGAAGGUAACAUGUAAACCACACGAUUUGAAUAUCGUAGUGGCAAAUCUAACGGACCCAAGUGGCUUGGAUGAGAUAGUGAAAUCGACGUUGGACAAAUUUGGCAAAAUUGAUAUACUGGUGAACAAUGCCGGUGCCAAUAUUGCCGAUGGAACCACAAACACAGAUCAAUCUAUCGAGUUGUACCAUAGAACAUUCCAGAUAAACUUCCAGGCUGUGGUAGAGAUGAUUAAGAAAACGAAGAAUCAUCUGAUCAAGACAAAAGGAGAAAUUGUAAAUGUAUCAAGUGUAGCUGGAGACUCUCAAGCGCUCUCCGCAACUCCAUACUACUCUUCUGCCAAGGCUGCAUUGAACCAGUAUACCAGAUGCGUCGCCUUGGAUCUUAUUCAAUACGGGGUUCGUGUCAAUUCUGUCAGUCCUGGCGUAGUAUCGACUGGUUUUCUCGGAGCAAUGGGUCUACCGGAUGACGCAAAGGGAAAGGUUGAAUCCUUCAUGGCUUCUAACAAAAACUGUAUCCCCGCAGGAGUCUUUGGGAAACCUAAUGAUAUCGCCGAAGUGAUUUUGUUCUUGGCGGACCGUAAGCGCUCAUCUUAUAUUGUCGGACAAUCGAUAGUCGCCGAUGGAGGAACUAGCCUAGUGACCGGAAUGCAAGCCUAUGAUAUUCAAGAUAUGAUUUGA